UUACUGCACUUAAGACUGUCAUCCUGUCUAAUACCCCAAGGAGAGGCAUGAAAGAAGAUCUCCCUUAGUGGAUUUACAAUUUUUUCAUCCCAUCUCACUCCAUCCUCUGUAUCUGAGGCUUGCAGGGAACCAGGCUCUGUGUCUGUGUGGGUGGCACAUUGUGUAUCUGUCAGUGCAGUGUGUGGGAGUCAAGUUGUGUGGCUGGAGGUGGUAGGUAUGAAUGUGUGAGCGAAGUGUGGGUUUCAGGUUGUGUAGCUAGUGGUGGUGGCUGGUUCUGCAUUGUGUUAGUGUGUGAUUGUUUUUGUAUUGUGUGGGUGCCUGUCUGCUCUCGCUAGUGUGCUUUGUAUAGAUACUGCAGAUUGUGUUGUGCAUUUAAUUCAUGCAGAUCUGUGUAACUCCUGCAGGCUGUGGGUGUGUCUGACAAGCUGUGACAGUGUGUGGGUGUUGUGUGUUUUUGUGUGUAACUGCUUGGGCUUGUUUCAUAGCGUUAACUAUUGUAAUCCUUGUUUGAUUGUGUGGAGCCGUUGCAGGUCUUUAGUGUGGCAGUCUCACAGGUUGUGUGUUUGCUCUGCAGCGUGUGACUCACUGCAGUUUGUGUGGCUGCUGCGUUCCUUCCCUCUUUAACCAUCAUAGACGUGUGUCACUUGAGUGUUUGUAGUAGACUUGUUUCUUACGAUCGGGUAUCAUUUCGGUGUCUUUAUCUUUUUCGUGUUUUAGAAAUGUGUGCUGAAUGUUAUACUUUGUGUAUCCAUGAUAUGUAAUACAUUCCCGUCAUUGUAUCUAACAGGCUGUGUGAAGCUUUGUGAGUGUCUGCAGUGUGCAUGUAGCAAUUUGUCUGUGGUGUGUCUGUGCAGUAUCACCUGUCUGUGACAGUCCAUGUGACCCUCUGACCUGUGUGCGCUGUGUUGUGACUGCACUCACUUGCUGUCACCCCUCGCACCACCCAACGUGAAAAAAUGGCGUCUGACCCUCCAGCCCGAAGCCUGGAUGACAUCGAUCUUUCUGCACUGAGGGAUCCUGCUGGCAUUUUUGAGUUGGUUGAAGUGGUUGGAAAUGGAACGUAUGGGCAGGUGUAUAAGGGUCGCCAUGUCAAGACCGGUCAGCUGGCAGCAAUCAAGGUCAUGGACGUGACGGAGGACGAAGAAGAGGAGAUAAAACAGGAGAUUAACAUGUUGAAGAAAUAUUCUCACCACAGAAAUAUUGCCACCUAUUAUGGAGCGUUCAUUAAGAAGAGUCCGCCGGGUAAUGAUGACCAGCUGUGGCUGGUCAUGGAAUUCUGUGGAGCUGGGUCUGUAACAGAUCUUGUGAAAAACAGUAAAGGAAAUGCUUUGAAGGAAGACUGCAUUGCCUAUAUCUGCCGGGAAAUACUACGGGGGCUUGCCCAUCUCCAUAAUCACAAAGUGAUCCAUAGAGACAUCAAAGGACAGAAUGUUCUUCUCACGGAAAAUGCAGAGGUGAAACUGGUGGAUUUUGGUGUGAGCGCUCAACUGGACCGCACUGUGGGUAGGAGGAAUACCUUCAUUGGCACCCCUUACUGGAUGGCACCUGAAGUCAUCGCUUGUGAUGAGAAUCCUGAUGCCACAUAUGACUACAGGAGUGACAUAUGGUCUCUGGGAAUCACUGCAAUAGAGAUGGCUGAGGGGGCGCCACCUCUCUGUGAUAUGCACCCCAUGCGAGCACUCUUCCUCAUCCCCAGGAACCCUCCUCCCAAACUGAAAUCGAAGAAAUGGUCCAAAAAGUUUAUUGACUUUAUUGACACAUGCCUCAUCAAAAACUACGUGAGCCGACCACCCACAGAGCAGCUCCUGAAAUAUCCCUUUAUCAGGGACCAACCAACAGAACGGCAGGUCAGGAUCCAGCUUAAGGACCAUAUUGAUCGAUCCAGGAAGAAACGCGGAGAGAAAGAUGAGACUGAAUAUGAUUACAGUGGGAGUGAGGAUGAAGAGGAGAACCAUGGAGAAGAGGGGGAACCCAGCUCCAUUAUGAAUGUUCCCGGUGAAUCCACUUUAAGGCGGGAGUUUCUGCGACUUCAGCAGGAAAAUAAGAGUAACUCGGAGGCCUUAAAGCAACAGCAGCUGGGGCCGCAGCACCGCGACUCCGAGGCGCAUAUCAAACAGUUGUUACAUGAGCGACAACGGCGCAUCGAGGAGCAGAAGGAGGAGCGAAGGCGUGUGGAGGAGCAGCAGCGCCGGGAACGUGAACAAAGAAAGCAACAAGAGAAAGAGCAGCAGAGACGGCGUGACGAUCUGCGGAGGGAGGAAGAGAGGCGGAUGGCGGAAAGGGAGCAGGAAUAUAUAAGGCACAAGUUAGAGGAAGAACAGAGACAGUUAGAAAUUCUCCAGCAGCAGCUUCUGCAGGAACAGGCCCUUUUACUGGAAUACAAGCGGAAGCAGUUGGAGGAACAGCGGCAAUCUGAGCGUCUGCAACGACAGCUUCAGCAGGAACAUGCGUAUCUGAAAUCGUUACAGCAGCAGCAACAGAAACAACAACAACAGCAGCAGCAACAGCAGCAGCAGCAAGACAAGAAGCCGCUGUAUCAUUACAACCGGGCUGUGAUGAACCCCACAGAGAAACCCGCCUGGGCCAGAGAGGUGGAGGAACGAUCACGGCUCAACAAGCAGAACUCUCCUCUCUCCAUUACCAAACUCAGUUCUGUGGAGUCUUCUGGGACCCCUUCGCAGACGCCCCCUUCACAGCGCCCCCCAGAGAUCCAGGAACACAAGCAAUUCCGCAACACUCCACAGGCCCGCAUUGCCCUCAAACCUACACCUCGACCCAAUUCUUUACAAGACCCUCCCAUUGCACCCCCCAAUUCCCGCCAGCCUGCUGUACUACUGCCAGCCUCCAGGGGCCAGCUUGCCCGUCAGAGUUCUGACCCCUCUCCCGAUGCAGCCGCUCCAUCAUCCCGGCCAGAAAGGGGUCCCUGGGUGAAAAUGGAACCAGAAACACACCCUCCAAAGGUUCCUCAAAGGACAACCUCCAUAGCCACAGCACUGAAUACCAGUGGUUCAGGAGGAGGACGUCCGGUACAAGCUGUGAGGGCCAGUAAUCCAGACUUGCGGAGAGCUGAAAGCGGCUGGGAGAGAGGAGACUCCCUCUUGCAAUCUCCCCAUCCUAACUUACCCCAGGCUGGGUCCCUAGAGAGAAACCGCAUAGCCCCGCACAAGUUGGACGAUUCUUCCAUUAGCCCAACGGGUAGUAAGACCCCAGGGGAGGAGCAUCGAUCCCGCCCAGGGCGUCCAGCUAGCUAUAAGAGAGCAAUAGGAGAGGACCACCUUCUAGUGAAAGAUCGGCCAGAAGAUGUCCCCAAGCCUCCCAAGAAAGCCCUGGAUUACUCAUCCUCCAGUGAUGAGAUGGAAAGCAGUGAUGAGGAUGAUGAGGAAGGUGAUGGAGAAAGACAGGAUCAGAGCAGGGAGAGUUCCUCUACCAGCAGGAACGGAAGAGAUGCAGACACAGACAGCAUCAGCACAAUGGUCGUUCACGAUGUCGAGGAGCUGGUUGGAAGUACGUCCGAUAGUUCUUAUGGAGAUGGAACAAUGAUUGUGCAGAGGACCCCUGAAGAGGAACGGAACCUUCUCCACGCAGAUAGCAAUGGUUACACAAACCUGCCAGAUGUUGUGCAACCAAGUCACUCCCCUACCGAGCCCAAGGGGCAGAAUUCAUCUCCCGGCAAAGAGGGCAGCGGGACUGAUUAUCAGUCUCGCGGCUUGGUCAAAGCUCCUCCCAAGACAUCGUUCACCAUGUUCGUAGAUCUCGGCCUUUACCAGUCAUCUGGCGGGAGUGGAGACACCAUCCCUGUGGCAGCUUCUUUUGUGAGUGGAGACGCAGCUCGCUUGGAGCAGCUGAAAUAUGAAGCUCGGAAAGGAUCUGUUGUAAACGUGAAUCCAACAAACACAAGACCGCACAGCGACACUCCUGAAAUCAGAAAAUACAAGAAACGGUUCAAUUCCGAAAUACUGUGCGCUGCACUGUGGGGUGUGAACUUGCUGGUGGGUACGGAGAAUGGCCUGAUGCUGCUAGACCGUAGCGGGCAGGGGAAAGUCUAUAGUCUCAUCACUCGCCGGCGAUUCCAGCAGAUGGACGUUUUAGAAGGACUUAACCUGCUCAUUACUAUCAGUGGUAAGAGAAACAAGCUGCGAGUGUAUUAUCUCUCCUGGCUCCGAAACAAGAUUCUCCACAAUGACCCAGAGGUGGAAAAGAAGCAGGGAUGGAGCACAGUGGGAGACAUGGAUGGAUGUGUACAUUACAGAGUAGUGAAAUACGAGCGCAUCAAGUUCCUAGUGAUUGCAUUGAAAAACUCAGUGGAGGUUUACGCCUGGGCCCCUAAACCUUAUCACAAGUUCAUGGCUUUCAAGUCCUUUACAGACCUUCCUCACAGACCACAGCUUGUUGAUUUGACGGUGGAGGAGGGUCAGAGGCUAAAGGUCAUCUACGGUUCUUCAUCUGGCUUCCACGCAGUCGAUGUGGACUCUGGAAAUAAUUAUGACAUCUAUAUCCCCGUCCAUAUACAGAGUCAGAUAAACCCUCAUGCCAUCAUCUUCUUGCCAAACACUGAUGGCAUGGAGAUGUUGUUGUGCUACGAGGACGAGGGGGUCUAUGUGAACACGUAUGGAAGGAUAAUAAAGGAUGUGGUACUGCAGUGGGGAGAGAUGCCAACCUCCGUGGCCUAUAUCUGCUCUAACCAGAUCAUGGGCUGGGGUGAGAAAGCCAUUGAGAUCCGCUCGGUGGAAACUGGUCACCUGGAUGGGGUCUUUAUGCAUAAGAGGGCUCAGCGACUAAAAUUCCUUUGUGAACGCAAUGAUAAGGUGUUUUUUGCCUCUGUUCGGUCUGGCGGGAGUAGUCAGGUCUAUUUUAUGACUCUAAAUCGCAGUUGUAUCAUGAACUGGUGAGAGGAUAGUUUUGAAAAUGGAGAACGAGAGAAGGAGACCGCUCCCCACCUCCCCCAAUACACUGGAGUCCUAUGCAUCUUCCCUAACCCAAAUCAUUUCCUCUAAUUAUUACAGCACCUUCCUAAUGGCACAUCUUCAUUUUAAUUUAUUGGGUUGUUUCACAACACUGACAAAAGCCAAACCUGAAGUCAUGCCUAACCCAUUUCCUUCCAUGUAUCAGGGGAGAGGAGCAAGUGAUGUUAUGGAGAGGACAGAAGGAGCUUCAGGCCAACCCAAAACAAUGGGGCGUAUGGCUCAGUCAGCAUCCUGUGUAUUAUGAGUGCUUGUCACAAAGCUCCUGGCCCCGCUUUUUGGUGAUGUUUUGGGGCAGGAGUGUUAAACACCCAGAUUGUGUUGUAACGGAUAUUUGCUUGAGAGAUUGCUCACCUCCAUAUGUUGGGAUCCACUAACAGUCCAUUUGAUUAGUUACCAUUCCUCAGAUUUAAUAAGCUUUCUACAAAUCUGUAUGUUUUAGUACCAGUAGCAUUGCUGCAUUCCAAGCUUUCCUACCCUCGUAGAGGAGCUGAUGCACCUUUCCCUAAAUGAUUAAUGUAAAGGCACUUUAUUAAUUAGCUCACCUUUUCUCCUUAAUCCAAAGCCUGCACCUGUCACCUUAGCCCUAAGGCCUUUGAUCUACUUUAAACACAAAUCGAUGUCCCAUUAAGAAAUCCCAUUCCAUUUUAGUAUAAAUGCCGGUUGGCCCGCUAUUCCGUAAUCUUUCUCUGAUUGCAUUUGCCAGCGCUUGUAUUCCAUUCUCUCUCUUUGUGGAUUUCCUGGUACACCCCAUCGAAUGCCGUUGAGACCUCCCUUCUUGGUGUGUAGAUAACAGGCUGGAUGCACCUUUCCUGCGGUUUGGCGGAUGAACUUUGUAAUUGGAAACCCCCAUGUGUUUGGUACCAUUGUCUCUCGACCCAUUGCAUCAAAGAAAUACAUUCUGUCAAAGUGAGUUUACUUUGAAACAUACUGGAAUAUCGCAUCUGGAGGAGACGGCCACUUUAGAUGCCAAAAAAUUACGCUGUUUCUUGUAUAAGUGAUUGUGUUCUAGCAGACAUGAACGCCUAUCCAUUUAAAGUUAGGAAAGCACAGUUUUUGUCCUUGAAAUAUGUCAAAUUGAAUCAGAUUGUUGGUUAAAGGGUUUUUAUGAGUUAAUACUGCAGUAUUGUCUUGGAUGAAUGCUAUAGCAUGUUAAUUGAAGAGGAUUAAGCAGGACUGUACUUUAUUUAUGUUGGUCAGAUAAUGUUCAUUGAGUAAAGUAGAAAAAUGAAAAAUGCUAAUUUUACAUUGGUAAAGAGACAGCUGAGAACCAAUGCAGGUGGUUGUUACCAUGUGACAGAACAGCCAUUCCCAGUGUUUUGCUAUCACAUGUCAGCCAAUCCCCUCUCCAUUCUAUAUUUUGACGAAUCGGGAAGAUAUGGAUGACUGGAGAAAACACUGGAAACAUGCAACAGAGGCACCAUCAAGGAUACAUGGGGCAUGUAGGAAGCAUUGAAGGAUGAUGUGAGUGUAGUUUUGGUUUUUAAGUAAAAAAUUUCAGAAGAGAUACGUUUUAGAGAGAGUUUACUGUAAGCACAAUCUGGUAAAAUGUAAAUUGACAUGUUAGGGGUGCCCCACAAUGGUUUGAGAGGCAUAGCACCAAACAAUGGGUUUAGAGUCUUCUUAUGACCUCUGAUGGCAUGUUAUCCUGCAGUGAGGUCAUGAAAACUGGACAUCUUAAAUUUGCGUAACCCAGAGGUUCCCACCAGACAGCAGAUCCUAAAAUAAGAACUGGGUCAUUUGGAUCCAGAUCUUUGCCUGUCUGAUCUGUAGCAGGAUACUAAUGGCUCUCCCCAUUGAGAGGAAACCUCUAGCUGAACAUCACUGCAAUUAGUUAGCAAAGCUUGCACAAUUUUGGGUUCAGCAAGCGAGGAAGCAGCCCCCUCCAUGUUUGCUUAUUACUGGCCCCUCCCCGUGCAUUCUGACUCCCACAGAAAGUGACAAUCGAGGUGUCAAAUGGAGACAAAUUGUUAUUUUUGUAAACUGACAGAUGCUGAUUAUACGGAGGUGACAAAUAUUUUAUGUAGCAAAUUGUAAAAAGAUUGAAUUUGAAAAUAAAUGACCGUUGAUAAUGGUGACAUGUUAAUGCUCUUAAAUAAAGUUACGUCUGCUAA